AUGGCGCCUGCAUUGUCAUUCCCGAUCAUCGACAUGGGGCUGCUCGCCGGGGAGGAGAGGCCGGCGGCGAUGGAGCUGCUGCGCGAUGCGUGCCAGAACUGGGGCUUCUUCGAGAUUCUGAACCACGGCAUCUCGACGGAGCUGAUGGACGAGGUAGAGAAGCUGACCAAGGACCACUACAAGAGGGUGCGCGAGCAGAGGUUCCUCGAGUUCGCCAGCAAGGCGCUCAAGGACGCGCAGUGCGUGAAGGCGGCGGAGAACCUUGACUGGGAGAGCACUUUCUUCGUCCGCCACCUCCCGGAAUCCAACAUCGCCGAGAUACCGGACCUCGACGACGAGUACCGGCGCGCGAUGAAGCGGUUCGCCGGCGAGCUGGAGGCGCUGGCGGAGCGGCUGCUGGAGCUGCUGUGCGAGAACCUUGGACUGGACAGGGGCUACCUGGCGCGGGCGUUCCGCGGGCCCAGCACGGGCGCCCCGACGUUCGGCACCAAGGUGAGCAGCUACCCGCCGUGCCCGCGCCCGGACCUCGUGAGCGGCCUGCGCGCGCACACCGACGCCGGCGGCAUCAUCCUGCUGUUCCAGGACGACCGGGUGGGCGGGCUCCAGCUGCUCAAGGACGGCGAGUGGGUGGACGUGCCGCCCCUGCGCCACUCCAUCGUCGUCAACCUGGGCGACCAGCUGGAGGUGAUCACCAACGGCAGGUACAAGAGCGUGAUGCACCGAGUGGUGGCGCAGCCCGACGGCAACAGGAUGUCCAUCGCCUCCUUCUACAACCCGGGCAGCGACGCCAUCAUCUUCCCCGCGCUGGCGCUGGUGAAGGCCGACGAGGCGGCCGCGGGGUCGUACCCCAGGUUCGUGUUCGAGGACUACAUGAAGCUGUACGUGCGGCACAAGUUCGAGGCCAAGGAGCCACGGUUUGAGGCGUUCAAGUCCAUGGAGACGAACAGCUCCAACUGCAUAGCCAUCGUGUAA